CCAUAUACACUUCGUGUUGCAGUAUUCUCUGCUGUGUCGGUUUUGCCAGGCCUGAAGUUUAAGACGAAGGUGGACUGUCUUUUCUGAGACAGAAAACAAAAGAUGGGGUGGAAGGACGAUCAGGGUAAAGUGUUCCGUAAUGAUGAAGAUGUUUUUGUGCGAUCGUCGAGGGGUGGCGUUUCUCAACGAGCCCGAAAAGCCAUAACAUCGAUGAUGAGCCCCUGGAAGAGCCUAGCAGGAUGUGCCAUGGGUUCAGGAGACAGAAGGGUUGUACCGUUGGGCGACGUGAAGGUGAAUGCGAUGGUGAAGAGUGAUACGUCUGACUUGCAGCGCAUGUGUUCCCAAAAGCGGGGAAGAGAGACUGAAGCUGAUGGACUUGGAACGGACGUCCAGCUGCUGGCUUUCAAGAGAAUACGGAACAUUGUGCUAGAAGCUGAAAACUGCAGAAGUGGCAAUUCAAAGAGGGGGGAGGAGCUAGUAGCCGCCACCUUAGCGAAUCCCAGCGUCUACGGGGCCAAGAACGCAUCAGGAGAAGAUAUUCGACGAUUGGAGGCAUUAGAGAGAGAGAAGAAGGGCAUUCAGGAUGCACAGCUGAUGCAGAUUGCCGUUCUCGAGCGGGAGAAUAAAGAUUGGGAACAGAAGUAUCAGAGAUUGUGGGCGAGAUUUAAGGAUUAUUCAUCGGAGUGUGACAGAAUGACAAGAGAGUACCAGAAGGUACAAAAGGAGCUUCAUGAACAGACGGUAGCCGCAGAAGAUAGCAGGGAGCAGAAAGAAGCAGCGGAGAGAGAACUCUGGAGCGUGAAGAAUGAAUUAGACGAUCUGCGCAAGCGAUACGUCGAUCUGGAAGAACAAUAUCUUGAAGCUGAUGGCGCUCAGCAAAUCCAGGAGGAGGAGAUGCGGAACCAGGUAAGUGGAGGGAGGAAGGGGAGGAGGGGGGGGUGGGGGGUGGAGACCACCAUUAGUUCUGCUAAACUCAGCUACCUGUAGGCCUGAUGCACAUGCUGAUUUGAAGUUUUUUUGUAAGUCUAGAAUGGCACCGGGAAUUGUGUAUAUAUAAAUAUGAGUAAAAGUGGAACAGGUUG